AGGAACCACUUGCUGUGCCAUUCCCUUCUCGUCCAAUACCUGCGUAGUACCUCCUCAGGAACGGAACUCGGUGGCUUCGAUCCUAUUCCCCAAUUGCAUGGCUCGCACGUUUUUUGCUUGCUUGCUUGCUCCAGGGCAGGGUUCAGACAAGUCAACAUCUCGUCCAGGGGAUCAGCACAUCUCGGAGGCUUCUUCUACUUUGCUUCUAGCUCUCAUUCCUCUGUUUCUAGCUCUCGAAUGGCGUCCCUGGAUCUCUGUUUACCUUCUCGGCCCCUUCUUCUACUUUCCUUCUAGCUCUCAUUCCUUUCCUUCUAGCCCAAGAUCAAGCCGCCUCCAAAUCGAGCGUGCAUGCAUGCGUCGAACCCUACCCUACCGUACCCUACCCUUCUAGCUCUCUCAUCAUCACCCUCAGGCGUCCCUCCAUGUAAGUAAACAAAGAGAACCGUGACAUCGGCGACUUUUCCUUCCUCUAUCCUUCUAGCCCGCUU